AUGCCGGUCCAAAUAGUGGUCGAUAUUUCAUCUGACGAAGAAGACAAUGCUGCCAAGAGUAGCACAAAGACCAGAUCGACCGGGGAACAGCCCACUGACUCCACCAGGACGUUCGCCAAAAGCCCGUCCAGGACAUCCCUAACAGCGGACAAGCCAACACUUUCUCCACCAGAAACGGCCGGCUGCUCUGAAAGCCUUCGCGAACGUACAGCCAAAAACGCAAUCCACAGUGGCUAUCCCGACUCAAAUCGAGCAAAAAGUACCCAAAGACCAAGUGCUACCAGCUCCACAGACCACAACAAUCACAAGCACUCCUUCCACCUUGCCCCUUACCCCCACGGCCGAUGA